CCUCGUUCCCGCUGCUGCUGUCCCCGGCCGGUGCCUCGCAGGCUCUCCACACCCCUGGUGCCCACAGAGACGGUCCGCGCCUUGAGCUGUCACCACUGCUGCCCCCCAGGCCCCUGACACCAUGCAAGCCAUCAAGUGUGUGGUGGUGGGAGACGGAGCCGUGGGCAAGACCUGCCUUCUCAUCAGCUACACCACCAACGCCUUCCCGGGAGAGUACAUCCCCACUGUGUUCGACAACUACUCAGCUAAUGUGAUGGUGGACAGCAAGCCGGUGAACUUGGGGCUGUGGGACACAGCUGGACAGGAGGACUACGACCGCCUCCGGCCGCUCUCCUACCCCCAGACGGACGUCUUCCUCAUCUGCUUCUCCCUCGUCAGCCCAGCCUCCUAUGAGAACGUCAGAGCUAAGUGGUUCCCUGAGGUACGGCAUCACUGCCCCAGCACCCCCAUCAUCCUGGUGGGCACCAAACUGGACCUGCGGGAUGACAAGGACACCAUCGAGAAGCUGAAGGAGAAGAAACUGUCGCCUAUCACCUAUCCGCAGGGCCUGGCGCUGGCUAAGGAGAUUGACUCGGUAAAAUACCUGGAGUGUUCGGCCCUCACCCAGCGAGGCCUGAAAACUGUCUUCGAUGAGGCUAUCCGGGCCGUCCUGUGCCCCCAACCCACGCGACAGCAGAAACGCUCCUGCAGCCUCCUCUAGGGGUCACACCCCAGCCCUCCCAGCCAGAUGGUUCUGACCCUCCAGGGCUCCUACCAAAAGCAUGAUGGUGCCCCACUGGCCACACUGUCCCUUCCCUGUGGUGUUUUUGAGCAGCUGGCUGCAGAGCUUGGUCGAUGUCUUCUUUGUGCUGGAGGCUGGUGUGAAUUUGCAGGCACUGCGUCCCGACCCCUCAUGCUCUCGCCUUCCUAGGGGAACAAAGGGGAGCCCCAGGACCCAAUAUGCCACCCCCAUGUUACUGCAGUCAGUGCUAGCUGCCUCGUGUGGCGGCAUCUACCCGUUUACUCUAGUCCCACCCAAUACCCGAACCCCCUCUGGAAACUUGGGGCCAGAUGGCUGCCAGCUACCACUUGCAUACCUUCAGGGACAGGGUCCUCACUCCCUCCUGAGGCCGUCUGCUUCAGUGUUUCCAGUCCUGCUUGUCUGAACGUUAUUCCUUCUACUGAGCUAAAAUGAAUGUCUCAGAGGUUUGCUCCUCUGGUCUUGGUUAUCCUUUUUGGGACAAAAAACCCACAUAAAACAAAUAAAAUUC